AAACAAUGAACAUUUAUUAUAUACUAGCUGUGCCCGGCCACGCGUUGCUGUGGCAUUGUCUGGUGGUGUCUGUAUUUUAUAGGCAGUGUGGAAGAGGCCUAAGUGAGGCCUAACUUUGCCUGUCCCCUGGGCUGAGUGGGUUGCUAGGAGACCAAGUGGGCAGAGCUUAGCCUUCUAACUGGCAGCAAUUGGAUAAAAACAAUUAUUCCUCUCCCUCUAAUUAGGACUUUAUUUUUCUUUUCUUUUUGUUGUAUCAACCUAGAGGCAUGGAUGAGGGGUUGUGCUGUCAAUUUUUGAGGUUGUGCGGUGUUUAGUUUUGUUGUUUUGUCGGUCGCCAGGAUUCCAUCACUCUUUUAUAUAUAUAGACUGUACAGUAGUUGUCAUCAUAAACAAGCAUAACCAAACAAACUGUGAACCCUAUCAAGAAUUUCUUGUUACUGUCAAUAUUUCCAUGUACAACACUUUAUGGUACAUACAUUUACCGAUCCAUUCGGCGGGCAUGCUUACAAACAAACUUUGCUAGGUCUUACUUUUGGGGGAGGCCUUAUAUUUAGCAAUUCAGCAAAACCUCUACUAGGUCUUAUUUUCUGGGGAUGUCUUAUUUUAGGGGAAACAGGGUAUAUCAUUUUGUAGAGUAGAUAUCAUGGACCCAAUGCGAGAACUAGGCUAAAAGCUGAUUUCCCACAUAUGGUAAAUUGUAACACCCGAGCACAUCUUUCAGAGCAAUGUUAAUGAAGGCAUCCAGUCAUCCAUAAAUAUUUCUCAGGAAAUAAGACUCAUAAAUUUGGGAUCCUCCUUCCUGAGAAAUCCAUGUAGAUGUCCUAUUUAGACACUGAGUUUCCCAAGAAGGAUACUGCAAUUAAUUUUGAUCUUGUAUUUGUUUCCCACCAGGCCCUGAUCUUAUAGAAUAGGCCACCCAAAGAGAACUCAAGCUAUCAAUCAUUCCAUUGCAUUGCAAAGCAGGUCUGGCCAACAAGAAACGCUCACUGGCAAUGUGUGUAAACAGCAUCGCUUCUCGUUCUCUUUUCAACACACACACCCAUUCAUUUGUAUUGGCCUAAAUCCAAUUACUAGCCCCCAAUUAAAGACUCAUUGAAGAAAUGGGAUUUACAUAAGUUUUGACAUGCCAUUCAACAAUUCAAUUGGGUAACUUGAUUGGAAUUAGAACUGGAUAUAGGGUAGACUACCUUCAGAGGGAUUUUAUCUGUCAGUCACUUUGAGCCCUCCAGAUGCUGUUGAACUGAAACUUCAUAUAGCUUUAACCCGCAUAGUUAGUGGUAAGGAAUUGUAGGAGUUGUAGUUCAACAAUAUCUUUAGGGCCUUCCUACACAGUGCUUUAGAACAUAAUUUCAACGUUCAAGUCACUUUUUCAAAGUUUUAUGCUUGAUAUAUUUUAAAGUUUAUAUUCAAAUUCAUAGACAUUUCUAGAGUACUUCGCUAACUAUGAACAUUUUUGUUGAGCAAUAUGCAAUUUUUUUCAAGCAUUUUCCUUGUUAUUUUAGAAAUUUUUGUAUAUAGUAUUGCCAAUCAUGCAAUAUUUGAUCAUAUGUUUGGAAUUCUGUAUGGAGGCUGAUAUACACAUUUUUAUACUUUCCUCUUUCCCCCCUUUUUGUUCAUAUUUGAUUGGUUUUACUCUUUUGUUGCAUUGCAAAAUGCAAUUAGGAGUUCAAACAUUGGCUCAAAAGUGCAAAAUUGCCAUAAAAAUACAUUUUUACAAUGUGAAAUGAACACAUUUGUCCUUACUGCAUUUUUUUGUGUUACCGUACUUAUUUCAAUUUUUUGUAGUUCUAGUUUCCAGUUCCUCUCUAGGAACAGUCCACACAACUUAUUUGAAUAAAAGAGGAUGUAUAUAUAAUUGUGUUCCCAGUGAUAUCGAGAUAGUACAACAUUCAGGAAUGAUUCCUGCAUAGUGGAUUGUAUUACCGUUUUAAAAGUGGUAGGUCCAAACAUGCAAGAAACUCAAGUCUUUGCAGAUUAGAUCAUAGAAUUUAUCAAAAUGCAACACUCAGAACCACCCAGGUGAAAAUUACACAGCUGGUCGUUUAAAUAAAUAAGCUCACACAGACACCCCCAGACUGCAUUGUUUGAGAUUGUUAAAAAUUUUAUAGUGAUAAUAAUUGCCUUUGGUGUUAACAAAUAAAUCUGGACAAACCCACAUGAGAUAUAGAACCUCCCAGGAGAGAAAGUAUAAAUAAAGUCCACUGUGGAGAAAGCAGGGCAGAUUGGAUCCCAUCAGCUCUGCACGUAACAUUUUUUAAUAGAGUUGUCUCACAGCUGUCAAAAUGAGCUCCGGCUAUAACUUCAGGCAGUCACAAUCUAGUAGUGGAGGUGGAAGUGGUUGUAGCUGUGUUGGUGGUGGAAGUAGUGGUGGUGGAGGCAGCAGUGGUAGUGGACACUCUGGCAGUGGAAGUGGUGGUGGAGGGUUUUCGUCGGGCUCCUCAAUAAGGCACACCUCCACUGGGAGAAACAGCCAAGGGUUCUCUGGUGAAAGCCAUGAUGCAGGAAGAUCCAGACGUCGCUCUGGAGCCGGAAUAGGCCAUAGUGCCUCUGGAGGAUUUGGAGGUGGCAGUGUUCACAGUGGUGGACUUGGAGGUGGCAGUGUCCACAGUGGUGGAUUUGGAGGUGGCAGUGUCCAUGGUGGUGCACUUGGAAGUGGCAGUGUUCACAGUGGCGGAUUUGGAGGUGGCAGUGUUCACAGUGGUGGACUUGGAGGUGACAGUGUCCACAGUGGUGGAUUUGGAGGUGGCAGCUUCAGUGGAGGAGUUGGUCGUGGCAGUGGCUAUGGAGGUGGCAGCAUGAGACGUGGCAGCUUUAGUGGAGGAUUUGGUAGCAGCAGUGGCUUUGGGGGUGGCUAUGGAGGUGGCAGCUUUGGUGGAGGAUUUGGCCCUGCUGGUGGCUUUGGAGGUGGCAGUUUAGGAGGUGGCUUUGGAGGGGCUGGUUUUGGUGGUGAUGAUACUGGAUUCCUGUCUAACAAUGAGAAAAGCACCAUGCAAAACCUCAACGACCGCUUCGCAUCUUAUCUCAACAAAGUGAAAAGCUUGGAAGCAGAAAACAAUCAGCUCGAGACCCUAAUCAGGGAAUGGUACCAGAAACAUGGCCAGACUUCCGAACCAAAGGAUUACAGUUCAUAUUAUACAGAGAUUGACCAGCUCGUCAAUGAGCUUAUUUCUGCAUCACUUGAAAGCAACAAGAUACUCCUUGAUGUCGACAAUGCAAGAAUGGCUGCUGAAGACUUCAAACUCAAAUAUGAGACCGAGUAUGGCCUGCGUCAAAAUGUAGAGGCUGACCUCCAAGGUCUACGUCCCUUGUUGGAUAAGUUGACUAUGGAUAAGUCUGAUCUGGAGAUGCAAUAUGAGUCUCUCCAUGAAGAACUGGUACAUCUUAAGAAGAAUCAUGAUGAGGUCAUGAAAAGUCAGCAUCACCAGUCUGGUGGUGAUGUCAACGUGGAGGUCAAUUCCAGUCCAGGCCAGGAUCUGACAAAGACACUAAAUGACCUGAGACAGGAAUAUGAAGAGAUCAUUAUGAAAAACCGUAAGGAGGUUCAACAAUGGUUUGAAGCCAAGAUGGAGGAAGCUCGUCAGCAGCAGAGCCCAGAAAGUCAGGAGGGUGGGUCUGGCCGCCACCAAAUCACAGAGCUCACCCGAGAAUAUCAGACCUUGGAGAUCGAACUCCAGACUCAGCUUAGCACAAUCCAGGCUCUGCAAAACAACCUGAAUAACACCGAAGGGGGAUAUAAUAUGCAACUGCAACAGCUUGCAAGCCAAAUAGAGCCAGUGGAAGCUGAGCUGGCUGGCAUCAAAGGAGAGAUACAGAAUCAAACUCAAGAGUACCAGACACUCCUUGGCAUCAAGACCUAUUUGGAACAGGAGAUCAACCAGUACCGUCAACUGCUAGAGGAAGGGAAGCAGCUUGCGGCCAACGUACAGGGAGGCGGAAGUGGAGGCACAGGAUCAUAUGGUGGAAGUUCAGGAGGUGGAAGACAUUCAGUUGGUGGCAUAUCAGGAGGAAGUUCAGGAGGAGGAGGAAGUGGAGGAGGUCAUUCAUAUGGUGGCAUUUCCCGAGGUGGAAGUUCUGGAGGGGGAGGAGAAAGUGGAAGUGGACAUUCAUAUGGUGGCAUUUCUGAGGGUGGAAGUUCUGGGGGUGGAAGAAGUACUAGUGGAGGAAGACACUCAACUAGUGGAAUUUCCCAUGGAGGAAGUUCUAGUGGAAUUUCACAAGGAGGCAGUUCUAGAGGGAGAGAAAGUGGAGGAGUAGGAGGACACUCAUCUGGUAGAAUCUCCCCAGGAGGAAGUUCUGGAGGAGGAGGAAGUGGAGGAAGAGGAGGACAGUCACAUAGUGGAAUUUCACAUGGAGGAAGUGCUGGAGGAGGAAGUGCAGGAAGACCAUCAUCUGGUGGAGUCUCACAAGGAGGAAGUUCUGGGAGAAGAGGAAGUGAAAGUGGAAGACAGUCACCUAGUGGAGGACAUUCUGGAGGAGGAAGAGGCAGUGUAGGAGGAGGAGGACAUUCAUCUGGUGGAAUUUCACACGGGAGGGGUUCUGGAGGAGGAAGUCACCACCUAUCUUCAUCUUCAUCCCAAAGUAGGCCUUCAUUAACUCACAGCCACUCAUCCUCCUCCUCCCAGUCUCAAUCUGGAUCUCAUGGCUGGCAUGUAGAACAAGAAGCAGAUGAAUGCCAAGCUUAUGCUCAGAAGGGAAUGGAGGAAUAGAAGGAGGAACGAAAAUGAAAGAAUCCUUCACAACAAUGACUUCUGAUUAUCAACACAAGUAUGGAGCCGAAAGCAAAGCUGGCAUCUCCCUUUCCCUACAAAUCCUUCCAACUCAAAUAAUGGAUUAAGCAAGACCUUCUACAAUACUAGGAGCAACCAGAGUUUCUUCUUCCAGAUCACAGAUGCUGCUGGUGUCAUCAGUUCAAAAGACUUGGUCCCAAAUACAUAACCUCCAACCAGGGCUGUAGCCAGAAAAAAAUUUCGGGAGGGGUUUUGAAAAUUUGGGGGGGGGGGUUGAACCCCUGACCCACCCGCCCCCCGGGUUCAGACCUGUCAAUAUCUGCUUGAGAUAGUGCCUGGAGGGACUCUUAAUGUUUUACGUCUCAUAGGUUUAGCAUGGGGAUUUGGUUAACCAGUUAAAAUUUCAGGUCAUUUUUUUAUGACCUGAAAAAUUUAGGGGGAGGGGUGAACCCCUAACCCACCCACCCCUUGCUACAGGCCUGCCUCCAACUGUCUCCAUAUGCAAUUUGUUUUGUCUCUUUUACAAGAUAUGUAUCAGACUUCCCCAAUUUGUUGCCCUCCAGAUGUGUUGGACUGCACUUCCCAUCAACACUAGUCAUUAGUCAACAUGGUUAUUGGUGUGGGAACUAAUUAAAUUUACAUUUGGAUUGUGACACACAACCUAUUACAGUAUGGUCCCCAUAUCCAUGGGGUGGUGGUAGAUAUCUUUGCAUGGAUAUCUGAAAUAAUAGAAAACUCUAUUGAAAUGAAGGACUUUUAGCCCAAGAAUUCCAUAUGCUGAAGGACCUAGAAAAUGCCUGGAGGGGACAUGUCUUGUCAGACAUGGAUAAAUGAAACCAGAUAUUGUAUGACAACAAAGAAAAUAGAUCCUAUAGUGCAAUUGAGAUGAAAUUUCACCUAAAUUAACAAAUCAGUAAUAUUUUAGAAUUAAAAUCUUACCUUCAGGAUGUGAGAAUAUUCAUUUUUCAGUUAUGAAAUUUCACACCUAAAAAGAAAUCUUAAUUCCUACUUUGAACACUAAGAUAAUGAUAUUUUAAAAUACUGUAUCUUUUGAAACCUUAUGAUAUUUAUAGAGAUACAUGUACAGAUACACAAAUUUGUGCCCAUCCUACUAUUUUUAACAGCAUAUUUGAUCUGGAAUGUUAACCCCCCCCCACUAGUUUGUGACAUGAAAAUACAUUUACAAGUUCACACACAAAAUGAAACUUAGAGAUGUUACUUAAGAAUUGUUCACAUUCUUGCUUAUGAAUUGUUUAAACUUCCUUCAUUUAAUGUGAUAAAUGCAUUAACAAGGCAAUCCUAUUAAUAUCUAUUUUGAAAACAGUCUCAUCAAAUUCCAUGGGUCUUGCUCUCAAAUCCCUCUUCCUGUCUUUGAUUUUUUUUGCCUGUACCUUUAUUAAAGCUUUACCUCUGCUUGAAAGCAAUCAG